AACAUUUGCAUAUACCGCCAUGUUGGAAAGGUUCAAAGACUUCAAGGUCGUCGUCGGGCUGAUUUCCGGUUAUACACUUGGACUCCAGUUCAUCGUCAUUUACAAUUUCGCCUACAGCCAGAAGGCAUACAGUAUUCAGAGCAGUAGGUUGUCGGGCAAGAUGCAGGAGGCCGCCAAAGUCACCGAUACGUCUCUGAUUUAUAGAGUGGCUGCGUCACAAAACCACCAAUGUGGAGAACAUCUGGUACACACGAGUGACCGCCCUUUUCUCAAAGGUUCACGAAAACAUGAUAAAAGUAGAGUUUACAAUGUCUCUCGCUGA